AUGUGGCUGCCCACGUCUUUGAUCGCCAUCGCCGUCGCCGCUGCGACGCUGGCGUGUGAAGUCCCCCCCGGCACGCCCCCGGACAACAUCCCAGAGGGCUUCGCGAUCCAGGUCCAGAACGCGUCCUACUCCUCCAUCCACAACCGCCUAAUGAACCAGUGGGCGGCAGGAGGCGGCGAUCAGCAUCUGUAUCUCAGCCCGGCAGGCUCCCCUGCAGGCAACCUAGCUCUCGUCAACGGCGUCAUUACCCAGCUGAGCGACGACAAGACCAUCCGGGCCGUGAUAAACGGAGAGGUCUGUCCGAGUCCCCCGUCCCACCCCAGUCCAGAUCUCUCGUCUGAUCCGAGCCCCGAAGCACAGUACACCGCCUUCGACAACACCACCAAGGUGUUCAUGACGGAGCGCGGGGAUCCGCGCGCCAUCUACGACGUCGCGUACGGGUGCAACCCGGACACGGACGCCCUCCAGACCGAGCUGGUUUUCAAGGAGCGAGCCGGCGUGACAGGCGGACACAUUUGCGUGAGGCCCGCGUCCGGCAACAGGUACGAGUUCCGCUACUCGCCUCCGGGGAACACGGGUAAGUCUCGAACUUGUCCCGCAGCAUGGCCGCUUCUUCAGGGUACUAAGCCAGGCAUGGCCGACAGCUGUCGAUGA